UAUUACACCAACAGUUGUGAAUUGGGAUUAGGUAGCUAGUAGCUAGGGUUUAAGGUACCAAUCUUCCCCCAAAUCCCUUGCUUACACUUCUCAGAAAAGUAAUAUAAUUUCAUAAUUUAAGGUACAAAUCACCCCCAAAAUCCAAUUUUGUUCGACAAUUUUGCUAAAACAAGUAAUAUAAUCCCAUAUUUUUGCUUCUAACAAUGCCCAAAAACAGCAAUUCCAAGAAACCCAAACCAGUAGAAGUAGAAAAGGAAAACCCAAUUUCCACUUCUUCAUCUAAACCCAAAAAGCCAAGCAAUGAAAUUGACGAGAUUUUCGCGGGAAAAAAGAGGAAGUUAGUUGAAAUACAAGAAAAAUCUAGUGGAGAAGCUGUAACAGAGGCGAAAAAGGUGAAGAAAGGGAAGGGAAAAAGUAGUAGAAUGCCGAAAGAUGGGGGUUUGUUGGAGCCGCCGCGGAGGCAGAGGAAGAAAACUGCGGAUGGGUUUAGUUUAUAUACGGAAGAGGAGUUGGGUAUUGGGAGGAGUGAUGCUGGAGGUACCCCACUUUGUCCUUUUGAUUGUGAUUGUUGUUUUUAGCUAAGUACGCACCCGUUGACAUUUUUGAAGUGUCUGAGCAGCAUAGGUUUUAAGUGAAUUUUGAAAGAAUUAGUUUAUAUUGAAGGAACUAUGUCGGUUUUGUAGUGAAGUUUUGGUGUUAUUUGUUCAAUUUGAGGAUGAAGUUUUGUUCUUUUUAUUGACAUAAAUGUAUGAGGAAGUUUAUUUAUAGAACUAAAGUGUUCGUUCUACUGAUGCAUUAUCAAUAGUCUAGUUAGUAGCAUUACAAAAGAUAAUGUGUUAUCUGAGGCGCUACGUGGGCCGAGGAAGAAAACUGAGAUGGGUUUAGUUUAUAUACGGAAGAGGAGUUGAGUAUUGGGAGGAGUAAUGCUGGAGGUACCCCACUUUGUCCUUUUGAUGAUUGUUGGUUUUAGCUAAGUUGUGCGGACUCUUCACUUUUGGUGCAGUUCACUUUUGAUGCGGUACCCUUGUUGGAUUAUCCAAAAAUAGUGUCCAUUGACAUUUUUGAAGACUCCGAGCAACAUAGGUUGUAAGUGAAUUUUGAAAGAGUUAUAUCGGUUUUGUAGUGAAGUUGUGGUCGUAUUUGUUCAUUUUGAGGAUGAAGUUUUCUUCUUUUUAUUGACUUGUGUAAGUUUUAGCAUUUUUAUUUGAAUGUAUGAGGAAUUUUAUUUAUAGAACUAAAGUGUUCGUUCUGCUGAUGGAUUAUUAAUAGUCUAGUUUGUAGCAUUACGAAAGAUAAUGUGUUAUCUGAGGCGCCACAUAGGCUGAGGAAGAAAACUGUGGAUGGGUUUAGUUUAUAUACGGAAGAGGAGUUGGGUAUUGGGAGGAGUAAUGCGCGGACUCUUCACUUUUGAUGCAGUACCGUUGUUGGAUUAUCCAAAAAGUGUCCAUUGACAUUUUUGAAGAGUCCGAACAGAAUGGGUUUUAAGUGAAUUUUGUAAUAGAUAUUGAAGGAAUUAUGUUGGUUUUGUAGUGAAAUUGUGGUCAUAUUUGUUCA